AUGGAGUCUAUUCCCAGGGGAAAGGCGUUAAUAUUUGUUAGUCUCGAGAAACUCCUACCGGAAGCCGAUAGAUUUGCCUCCGUAUUCGGACAGUUGUACUUUGAUGUGGAAAUACAUGCAAUCAAAUCAUGCGUACAAAUGAUGAUCCCUUUGCAAGCCUUGGCACAGAAGGAAUACCCGGAUGGUGAUGAACAGAGAACUUGUGAUAUUGUGGACAUAUUUUCGGAAAGUAAUGUUGACCCGGAUGACCCUGAUAGUGCCCGUAAAUGUGACAAGUCGUUUGAUAGAAUACCUAAAAUCUUUGUAUUUAACUGUUGCCAGGAUAUUGUGACCAAAUUGUCGGCCUUUGUUAAGACCAAACAGAGACUACUGGUGUUUGAUAUGUCGCUGAUUGACAAAAACUGGUACAACAAAAGCACCCGCACCUACAUUUGCUAUACCUGUGCUGAAGCAACUAUGGAUAAGCCUGAAGUGCGGAUUAGAUUUAUGCAAAACAUGGACCAAUUCCUAUCACGGGUCACGUUGAGUCCAUUGUUUAUGACACUAUUGGAAAACCAUACCUGUGCUCAUAACUUAAUUAAGGCGUUACAAGAGAUUACCGAUAUAACCGCGAAAAAGGUGUUCAUAUUUACUGAAUUCAACCGGGAUCGUAAUGCGUGCAAUGAGCUUGUUGACUUUCUCAAAAGGUCGGGCCAAUACCACGCCGCCCGUGAACUGGAGCUCUACAAUCAGUGGACUGAACCCCUCGUAUACUCACAGGAUGUUAGACUAAUCGUUAAGAAGGCCCACACCUUCCGGUCGGGGGCCUCCCGUUGGUUCGUCAUGGACGGCGCCCCCAGGGGUCGCGUGUUGUUGUUUUUGCAGGUGCCUGACUUGCAAAAUGAGGCAGAUCGUUUUGAUGACCUCUUCCAGAAGCUAUUCUUCUCGGUCGAUGUCUAUAAAAAUUAUUCGUGCGAUGAGAUUGUGGACACUCUUAAGACUGUCUCCGAAGGGGAGUUCAAAAAGGAUGCGCUGAUUGUGAUGUUCAUAGGCCAUGGCCGCGAUCAGAUGGUCCAGGGUAACGGUGCCAGCGAUGAAAUACACAUCAAAAAGCUGGUCGACCUGUUUUCGGAGAAUAAAUACACUGGUGUCAAUCCGCAGGAACCAGUGGUGGAUAGAGAGUGGAUGGACGGCACCACUCGCACCUUCAUAUGCUAUGCCUGUGCCGAUGGUACUGCGUCCUUUUAUACCGGCAAGGGAUACACAUUAUAUGGACAGGCAUUCAGUCACUGUAUCGCUGAAUACGCAUACGACUUGAAUUUGACACAAAUAUUUAACAAGACGUGCGAUGAGAUGAACAGGGCAAUUAUGCAACAGCGCCCGGAACUGAUUAUGAAAAACGUGGACAGGGAGUUGUAUUUUAACCCAGGUCUCUAUAAAGACUAA